UCCGCUUCCAUCGUAACGGAUCGUGGCUCCCUUUCCGUCGUUCGUUUCCUAAUCCGCCGGAGUUGUAACUCGUUCCGAAAGAGGAUCAAAGAACUCGAGUAAGCUGAAGAACGGAAAUACACCGGCGCCGGCUCGUUCUCCGGGACUCGAAAUCUCUCUGCGUGGUCAUGUGAUCCGUUAGCCGGUUCUUGAUCUGAUUCCGGUCAAAAACGUCGCAGGAUUUCUCGGGUGGUUAUCGCGGACUCGCGUCGAAGGAGCAUCGGCCGCCGUCUUCCCACGUCUAAAAGAUUUCCUGGAUCGAGAAUGAAUCACAUAGACGACCGCUCGUACAGAAAGAACCGGAAAACUCUGAUAACUCGCGUCUAACGAAAGGAAUUCCGAAAUUAACGUUUAAACACAACGUGACAAAUUCUUACUGAUUCCAUCCUCAAAAUCCAUCCAUGUAAAAAAAACUAGUACCGGCGAAUCGACUCAUUCCUGCCGUUUCUUUUUUUUUUUUUUUUGUCCGUUUGCUAUCAGGAGCUGGUCAUUUUUUCUCUGGAAAAAGUUACUUCACCAUUUAUAGAAAAUUGUUCGCUAUAUAAUAGUAUCACGUAUAAACGUUUUUCCCUCCGACCUCCAUUCCAAAUGGACCUACUUGUUUUUUUUUUACCUCAUCUGGCGCUCAUAUCGUCACCGUGGAAACCACGAGCGUGUUCUUGUCCAGAAUGCAGCAGCAACUCGAACCGCCUGUUUGGUGAUGCCUUAAAUACAACUCCUACGUGCCCAUAAAGGAGGAGUGUACUGCUGUGACCUGACAGUCAUGUUCCACACUGGCCUGCUCUCCAUGUCGAGUUCAUAAAUUGGACUCCUAGUCAGAAAGAGGUAUUUUGGUGGAGCUACCAUAUCAAGAGCCAUGGCCAGCAAGAGGAAGUCCACGAUUCCUUGCAUGAUUCCAAUAAAGACUAUGCAUCUACAGGAUGACCUUGAGCAGGCUAGGCUUUCUCCCUCUGCCAAGGAAAGCGUUUUCUCCCACAAGCACGAGAUAACUGAAAAAGUCUUGCACAGAUUGUGUGAAUCGCCAGGCCAGGAAGCAAACAUUGCCCAAAAAGAUAACGGCACUUACACCUGCAGGCCAUGUAAUUUUGAAACCCAUGACCUGAACCUUUUCCUCGAUCACGUCUACAGCGGUCACCCAGAGUUCCGCACCGACCCUUGUUUUCUCUGCGUGGAUUGUGGGGUGAGUGCUGCAAAAUUCGAAGGUCUUGCCUUGCACAACGCCCGAGUGCAUCCCAGUACUGUCACCACUACACUACAGCUAAAGCGGAAGGAUAGGAAGGUCAUCGUGGAGCAGAGCAUCAUCGCUGGUCCUGGCGAAAGCACCAGCUUUAAGGACGCUGAGAUAUCGAUCACAAAGACGCCCAUUAUGAAAAUGCUCAAGGGGAAAACUGAGUCGAAGAGAAUCGUUGUUUCUCAUCCGACCGCAGACGAAACUGUGAAGCAAUCCGAGACCAGCGAUUCUCCUGCCAUCUCGGUGACCCAUGUUCCUACGAUUGUACAUAAUGGUGCGGCAAGCAAAGGCACUCUGCCGUCCGCAAUACAGAUCGUCAACGGCUCUGGAGCUCUUCCGAUGCUGAAGACGGCCAUCACCCAAGUCGUUUCCGUUGUACAGAACCGAAUCGUCAACCAGCAAUCAUCUUCAGCUCCUUUAUCCAGCUCUUCGACUUCUUCCUCGUCGAGCUCCAAAAACCUACCAAAGGUCAUGAUUCCUUUGAGCAGUAUUCCCACUUACAAUGCCUCCAUGGAUAACAGCAGCUUCCUGAAAACGUCCUUCAGCAAGUUUCCAUACCCAACCAAGGCAGAGCUAUGCUAUCUCACAGUAGUUACCAAGUACCCCGAAGAGCAGAUCAAAAUCUGGUUCACAGCUCAGAGGCUUAAACAAGGAAUUAGCUGGUCACCAGAAGAGAUCGAGGAUGCACGUCGGAAGAUGUUCAACACGAUCAUACAGACGGCACCCCCUGCUGGUCAGCAACGUCCAACUCCGCAUAGCGCUUCUCAGCAAACCAUUACUGUUCUACCGGCCUCCCUGGGUGCCUCCAACCUCCCUCACAUUUUACAAGGCAGCCUGGUCGGCCAAGGAGGUGUGAUUGUCACCCAACCCAUGAUCUCUAACGGGAUACAGGUCAGCAGCGCCCCAGUUGCCCUGGCUGUAACGCCAAAACCGCAGGCUGCCACGAAGCCCAUGAUGCAAGCAAAGCCUGCUGCCGCCCUGGUGGCUGAUAAGGGGCUUAACAUGGUGGUGGGAAGUGUCGGGAGCAGCAAUAGUGGAAACCUCACCAUCAGUAGUACUAGCAGCACUGGAGGCGGUGGUAUUAGCAGCAGCACCAUGAGCAGUAUUAUUAGUUGUGUUAGCACAAAUAGCAGUAGUGCGAGUAAUCACACUAGCGUGAUCAGCAUGGCUAAAAUGAAAAGCAACAGUAGUAGCAGUAAGAUCAGCACAUCUAGCACUAACAGCAGAAGCAGUACGCCUGUCGGCAGCAAUAGCAAAGCGGUUAACGAGAACAAAAACAGCACUAACGUUAGGAACACCAUAGCAAAAAGCGCUGAUAUCAAAGACAGCAGCGAUACUAAAGGGAACACUAAUGAAGGCAAAGGCAGUCGAAGCAAUAGCCCUAUUGUCACAGCCAGCUCCAGUCCAACUCCCACAAACACUAGUGACAGCAUCCCAAGCAAGCCAGAAUCUCCAUCGCCAGCAUCCGCAAACUCUCGUACUCUCGCCUCCGCGAGCUUCCUGGAUCCCAGCUUUUAUAAAGCGAAAAAAUCCCAGGAACAGCUUUCUGCCUUAAAAGAGAGCUUCCUCAUCAGCCAGUUCCCCAGUCAGGAGGAGGUGGACAGGCUCAUAAGUCUGACUGGUCUGACGGUUCGGGAGGUACGCAAAUGGUUCAGCGAUCGACGCUACCACUUUCGCAAUCACAAGGGCUCGAAGUCGAGCGCUGGUGGUCAAACUUCAAUGGCCAUUAGUUCUUCUGCCUCUAGUGCCUCCGGUGACAGUCUGGACAAUGCUGCGGCAACGGAAAGACCUAGAACCCCUCAACAACUCCCCCUGAGUCCCUCACGGCAACAGCAGACGACUCCGCCGACGCCGACCAGACGCCAACCUCGACCCCCGUCCCCAGACUUCACAGCAAUACGGUACAAAGAAAGGGAGCCCCAUCAAGUCCGUGCCCUCGAGGCAAGCUUUGCCCAGGAUUCCGAUCCGCCCGAGGAAGAGGUGGACAGGUUACGGGCAGAAACCAAGAUGACUCGACGCGAGAUUCAUGGCUGGUUUGCUGACCGGCGGAAGAGAGUGGCGGCUGAAAAGAAGAAGGAGGAGUUAGAGCGUGCCGAAAGGGAGGAAGUAGAAGAAGAGGAGGAGGCGGAGGAAGAACUUCCUGCAAAAGCAGUGGGUGAAAAGGAUAAAAUUGAGCCGGCAGAAGAAAAACAAGGUGAUGAGGAAUCGCUAGAAACAAACCAGCAGGUCAAGGAGGAUAUAUCUGGAACUGCGCCGAAGGUUAACCCGAUAAAGAUCAAUCUCAAAAUGCUGAAAGUGACCGAAGCGAACGGAAAAGGGGAAAUGGAAGGAAGUCCGCAACCUGAGACGACUAAAGUGCCUUCUCCUGUCUCUCAGACAUCUACCCCCACACCACCACCACCCCCCCAAACACCAAACCGGGGAAAGAAGACACCAGAGCAGCUUCACCUCCUUAAACAAGCCUUCGCUCGAACCCACUGGCCGAGCAGCCCUCAGUACAACGAGUUGAUCGCUAAAACCGGACUUCCACGUCCAGAGGUGGUGCGCUGGUUCGGAGACUGUCGCUACGUCCUAAAGAACGGUCAGCUCAAAUGGCUAGAGAGCUACCAGUCGAUGGUAGAAGAGGAGGACUUCAAGAAGGGCAACAUCACUGUCCUUCAGGAACAUUUAAACCUCUAUGGAGAUCUGGUGGAGAACCAGCUGGAGGAGCUCGCCCAGUCCGGUGGGUUAAGCGAGGAACUGGUCAGGAAAUGGUUCGCAAAACAAAUGAAAGCACACCCGCUGUCUGAGGACAAGAAAUCUGAAGAUGUGGAACCUUCAACCUGCACAACCCAAGGCAAAGCUGCUUUAAAAUCUCUUCAGGAAGGAGACGUGAAAGGGGAACCCAUGAAGCUGACCGUGACUGACCUUGGCAGUGAUGAAACCACGAAGAAGACAACUGGAGAAGACGUAUCCACCAGUGACGAGCAGCCAGAGUGUGACGAGUGAAGCGGCGGCGUCUGGGACCACGAGCAAACGUGUGUGUGUGUGUGUGUUGGAGAGAGAGACAGAGUGAGACACAGCUCGUCUUGUAGGAUGUCCACCACAGGAGGCCUUUAACUGGAGAAUUCUGAAGAAUCCAGCACUCGAUGUCCUUCUGUUUUUUUUUUUUUCUGUCACUUUUUUUUUUUUUUUUUUAACCCAACGAAAAAAAAGUGUCACAGGACAUUCUUUUAUUAAUAUUACGCCCCGUUUUUUAGGGCAAAAGGAACAUUUCAGCUCUGAGAAAAGACAGACAGAGGGUGAGGCUCUGAGACGUGUCCACGUGUCACGUGAUGGACUGUAUGGAAUCAUGUAGGUUUGAGGUACGCGUAAAAAAUUCAUACUGCACAUUUUUUUUAAUAAAGGGGAAAAAAAAACGACACGCCUAGAAGCCGUUUAACCGUAUUCUGUAGUUGGAGCAUCAUAUUGACUUUGUUGUACAUGUUUUUCCUGACAGCAGAAAUAAUAAAAAAAAAAAAGAAUAAA